AUGACUGAAGGCGGAAAAUAUAUGAUGUUCGAUCAUGCUCGAAAAGAAGGUACAACAGCAGUAAAAUUGAGUCAACAAUUACCGACAAAGAAAAAGGGACUGAAUGCAGCUGCUGAUAUACUCUUGAAAGGUGAGAAAUAUUGGAGAAUUCGUAAAGUUGGAUCUAAGGUACUUGGUGAUUUUAGUUAUCGGACAACUGGGUCUGAUUACGGGCAGCCGGGCAACUUUCAAGUGAUCAAAGCCACAACUGAUGAUGCUGAUUCUGAAGAAACCAAAAACUCCGUGCCAUAUUCGUUCCCACAAAAGCCUUUAGAUAGAGUUUCUCAACAACCAGGGCUUAAAGUGAUCAUUGGUGCUGAUUUAAAAUCUUCGACAUGCAUUCGUUUGUGCCUCAAAAACAGCGGAGAAUCAGAUAUUUCCAUUGACCUUCCAAAUUCACCCCAUUUCGACAGCCUUAUAAUUCCAAAUGAACCAGAAUGGCAUAAGACAUUGAGUAAUGCCCAGAAUACUCUUUUGUGCCGAGAAUUGUUUAACAAGCUUGCGAAAGAAGCUGUACAGCUGAAGACUAGUGCAACGGUAAUUCCCUUUUCUGUGGUGGGCAGUAAAAUAAGCACAAAAAUAUUCCCUGAAAUGGAAUUUUCUAUAGAGCUGAUUAAGAAAAAUUUGAAUGAAACAUCCCAUCAAAAUCUGCCCCGAAAAGCAAUCAGAACCGAAGGGCAUGGUAUAUUUAGUCUAAAACUGGCAUCUAUUAAGCUUUUACUUGAUCAACACAAAAAGAUGUUCAAGGUACCAGCUCCCCAUCCUGUGACGGCGACGUUUGGUCUCUCAAAAAUUCAACGCAAAGCGCCAACAACUCCAUUUGUUCUCUCGCAAGUUCAAACUUUUACAGAAACUGAAGGGAAGUCCAUGAUAGAGCAUUUAGUGGGAAUGGCAAAGCAUUGGGAACUAAAAAGAAGAGUUUGCAAAGUAAUUGAUAUGCUGGGAAAUUCUAUAAGAGAUCCAUACAUGCAAGCACAUUGGUCAACCGUUGGCAGUCCUAUGGAAACAAGUGUAUGUAUUGUUAUUACAAGUGCAGGUUAUGAAGCUUGCAAUAGGACUUUAGUCAAUAUGACUGUUGGUACAGAUAAUGUGAAAGCAGUACAGAAAGAUGGACAUGCAGUAUAUUUAUCUUCAAAUUUCCACCAUAUACAUGAUUAUCUUCUUUCUCUGUUAUGUUCGCAUCAACUAAAUACCAUACAAGAAUUAUGUAAUAUUUUGGGUUGGACCAUUCAACACUUCUCCCUACACUCGGGUAUUGGACACAAAACUGCAUUUGGAAGCGCUGGAACUCUAAUGGCUGCUUCUCGUAGUGGUAAUUCUGCAAUAUCCGUUCGUUGUUGGAUCGAACGUAAGAAUGGUCGAUCUGUUCCGGAUGAUCAAAUUUGUUAUGUGGUACACGAGCAAACUAUUCAUCCAGACACUUUGGAAGGUGAAUUCUUGAGUCAAUCAUCUUACCAAUACUCUGAGCAAAGCUCGAUUCAGAAUCCAAAAUGGUCGCUCGUCGGUGCUGAAUGGCGACAG